AUGAGAAACCACAGUGUUGUUUCGGAGUUCAUCCUCCUUGGGCUGUCUGCUGACCCCCAGAUCCAGGCUCUGCUCUUUGUGCUGUUUCUUGUUAUUUACCUUCUGACCCUGAUGGGGAACCUGAUGCUCCUGCUGGUGAUCAGGGCUGAUUCACACCUCCACACCCCCAUGUACUUCUUCCUGGGACAGUUGUCCUUCCUGGAUCUCUGCCACUCCUCUGUCACUGUGCCCAAGCUGUUGGAGAACCUUCUGUCUGAGAAGAAAACCAUCUCAGUAAAGGGCUGCCUGGCUCAGGUCUUCUUUGUGUUUGCCACUGGGGGCACUGAAUCCUGCCUGCUUACUGUCAUGGCCUAUGACCGCUAUGUUGCCAUCAGCUCCCCUCUGCUCUAUGGCCAGAUGAUAAACAGACAGCUGUGUAUGGGGCUGGUGUGGGGCUCAUGGAGCUUGGCUUUUCUGGAUGCUCUUAUCAAUAUCCUUGUAGCUCUCAAUUUAGACUUCUGUGAGGCUCAGAAUAUACACCACUUCAGCUGUGAGCUGCCGUCUCUCUACCCUUUGUCUUGCUCUGAUGUGUCUGCAAGUUUUACUGCCCUGCUCUGCUCCAGCCUCCUGCAUUUCUUUGGAAAUUUCCUCCUGAUAUUUUUCUCCUAUGUUCGCAUUUUAUCCACCAUCCUGAGCAUCAGCUCCACCACAGGCAGAAGCAAGGCCUUCUCCACCUGCUCCUCCCACCUCACUGCAGUGAUCUUCUUUUAUGGCUCAGGGUUACUCCGCUAUCUCAUGCCAACCUCAGGAUCCACUCAAGAGUUAAUCUUCUCCUUGCAGUAUAGCGUGGUCACUCCUAUGCUGAAUCCUCUCAUCUACAGCCUGAAGAACAAAGAGGUGAAGGCAGCUGUGAGAAGAAUUUUGAGAAAAUGUGUCUAG